CUGCGGUCCCUUCCUCCUGCACUGUUUUAGUAUUACACGCCCUUGUCGGUGGGGCUUCACGGUGUGGGCGGAAACCUCGGUCAGCUGUGGCUCUCGAGUAGAUUGGUCGCAACCCUGCGAAAGGUGGAGCCGCCCCGCGAUUGAAAGUGGGGAUUGAGCGGUGGAGUUGCGCGAAUUGGCCACCACACACACACACGUUGCUUUUCCCCUGCAAGAGUGGGGUCGCGAAGCCGGAGAAUCCGAAGCUUUUUUUGUUUUACUGAAGACAGGAGUUUGUGUUUCAAAUAUAAUAUAUAUAUAUAUAUAUCUCUGUUCUCCCACCAGUCGACCCACAGGUAUUUUUGAGCGUCUGGUGCUGGAUAAUUGCAAGUUGCUUUUCCUUCGACAACAACUGAAGCUGAAGCUGAAUUUCUAGCGGAGUUUUCUGCUGCUCCUUCGCUCGGCAGAGAUGCGCCUCUCGCCCGGCGCCGGCUCCAGCUCCAGCUCCUGUUUCUGGGCUUCGGCUUUGCUGUUUCAUCCUCUGUGGCUUGUGGCCGUGGCCGGGGGGAUCUCCGGGACCCCGGCGGCUUCUCAUGGACACUUGCGGCCGGGGAGAGGAGGGGAGAAGGGGGCAGCGAGGCUGGGCUGGGGACACGGGUUGACUGUGAGCCGAGCCGGGGCUGGAGGUGAGGACAGGGGUCGGGACCAGCAUGAGGAUGAGGAGGAGGAGGAGGUGGUGGUGGAGGUGGGUGAGAUGGUGGCUCUGGGCUCCGAGAUAGCCAGGGUGAGAUGGCCAGAGCAAGGCAGGCAGAGCCACCUCGUCUACCGCGCCCGCCCGGAGAUCCCACAACUGUUCGUGGUGCCGGCCAGCGGGCAGAUCGUGGCUGUCGGCUCUCGCUGAUGGGGCUGCAGGACGUCCGGCUGACUGUGCAAGGGCUGGAGAGGGCAGGGCGGUCCCUGUCCGUGCGGGUGAAGGUGAAGGUGAGACGGGGCAGCGCGGCUGCAGCGGCCGGGAGAGGCGAGGGAAGAGUCGGCAGCAGGGCAGCCCGCUCGGCUCCACAGCCUCUCAGCCACACGGUUACAGUCUCCCGGGACAGCGAGGUGGGCAGCAUCAUCUACACCCUCCCCGACCCCGGCCGCUGGUUCCAACUCGUCUCCCCGGUGGACGCGCCGGUACAAGUGGAGCGGGACUCGGGCAAAGUUUACUUAUCCCGCAGACUGCUCGCAGAGUCGCCCGUCCACGUAUCCAUCCGUGUCAACAGUGAGACAGGUGAUGAUUGGUACCUUUGCCAUCUGACGAUAAAGUUGUUGAGGGAAUGUUUUCCCGCGUGGACAAUGCAGCUGUUCCCGUAUUUAACAGUCGUAGCUCCGGAUGCUACGAAGGGUACCCCGGUUUUCCAGCUAUCCGCCUGGGAUGACUCCGAUCACUCUGCCGAUGGAAUGGAAUACUUUCUAACGGAAGGGGGAGAGGAGAGGUUUGAAGUUGACAGAAGCUCCGGCAUCAUCAGGACCACUGGCUUGCCGCUGGUGAGGAACAACGAGUAUGUGUUGACGGUGCUGGCCGUCGAUAAGUGCGGAAACAAAGGAACCCCCGCCUCCGUUUUCAUCCUGGUGGGUUCCAGGCCCCCGCAGUUCACCAACGUCUCCUACAGCCUGUUUGUUUCUGAAAACACCCCAGCGGGACUGCCCAUUUUGAUUGUGGAAGCCAUUUCAUUCCAGAGACGAUCUCUCUCCUACUCGCUGUUGAUAAAUCCCAGCAACAUCUUCACGAUAAAAACAAACCAACACAAUGGCGAGCUGAGUCUGAUACACAGCAUUGAUUAUGAAAGCGAGCAUCACCUGUACCAUCUACUGGUGCGGGCACUGGAAGCCGCUACUGGUCUCUCACCAGCGACAUCGGUUGUAAUUCACAUCGAUGAUGAGAACGACUGUACUCCAGAAUUCCUGCAUCCCAUCUACAGCUGCAACAACAUUCCUGAAAACAUUCCCGUUGGCACCUCUCUGUUGCAAGUGCUGGCCCAGGACUGCGACGCGGGGCCCAACGCGGAGAUUUCCUACUUCACCCAGGCCGCCGAGUUUGCCGUUACCCCUCAGGGCCUGGUCGUGGCCAAGCAACGGCUGGACUAUGAGAAAACCAACCACAUGUACGAGUUUGUGGUGGCCGCGGUGGACAGAGGUCAACCCCCUCGGACCGGGACGACAUCCGUGCGGAUACGGAUCUCCAACGUCAACGACCAGAGCCCCGCCUUCUCACAGAACGUAUAUAAGACGUUUCUAUCUGAAGAUGCUGGGCCUAAUAGUCUGGUCGCCACAGUGCAUGCGAAGGAUGCUGAUGGUGACAAUGUUAUCUAUACAAUCACUGGAGGAAACGAAGAGAAAAACUUUGUACUUGACAACCAAAAAGGAAUAAUUAAACUGCGGGGCAGCCCGCCGCCGAGACUCCAGGGGCCGCAGUACGUGCUGAGCAUCACGGCGACGGACGAUAACGCCUCGGGAGGGCCCAGCUCCCUCAGCAGCAGCGCCCAGGUCAUCGUGGGCAUCAAUGACGUCAACAACAACAAGCCCCUGUUUACAGAGUGUUUAAAGUACAGUGAAGAUGCUUGUGUCUUGGAGAACCAGCCCGCUGGAACGUUCGUACUUCAAGUCAAGGCUCAUGAUGCUGAUCUUGGAGUGAAUGGACAGGUGAAAUAUGGACUUAUGAUUCGAGAAGGGAUUACUCCAGGUUUCCGAGUUAAUCCUGACACUGGAUCCAUUACCACAACCCAGAGCUUUGACAGGGAACGCCAGCGAGAGUACACCUUGUCAGUAACUGCAACAGACCAGGCCCAGGAGCCACUCAUCGGCAUUUGCCAGCUGACCAUACUCAUAGCUGAUGAAAAUGACAAUGACCCAAAGUUUGAGAAUAGCCGCUACCAAUACUACCUGCGGGAGGACACGCCAGUCGGCAACAGCUUCCUGCGGGCAGCGGCCCAUGACGAUGACCACGGGAGCAAUGCCGUCAUCACCUACUCCAUAUCACGGCAACAACCAGAGUACUUCCAGAUUAGCUCCAGCACCGGCUGGAUCUACGUCAACCACCCCAUCUCCCAGGUCUCACGCAUCAGUCGUCAAAUUAUAGCGACAGAUGGAGGUAAUCGAAGCAGCAUUGUGGAACUGAUGGUUAUUAUCACCAAUAUACACAACCAGCCGCCACAGUGGGAGCAAGACCAAUAUCGGAUAACAAUCCCAGAGAACACCACACGAGACCUGAGGAUUGUGACCGUCAAGGCGACAUCUCCGCUCGGCGAUCCCAGAGUCACGUACAAUCUGGAAGAGGGGCAAGUUCCCGAAACAAAUAUGCCGGUCCGAUUCUACCUGAAAACCAACCGAGAAAACGGAUCUGCCUCCAUUUUGGUAGCAGAACCAUUGGACUUCGAAGGGACCAAGUUUUAUACACUUCGUGUCAGGGCUCAGAAUGUGGCUGCUGUCCCCUUGGCUUCAUUCACCACCAUCCACAUCAAUGUGACAGAUGUGAAUGACAACGUCCCCUUCUUCACCUCAUCUACCUAUGAGGCCACGGUGCCAGAAGGGGCGGCAGUGGGCAUGUCGGUCGUGCAGGUCUCAGCGACCGAUCUGGAUUCUGGCCGACAUGGAAAGGUGAAUUACGCGAUCGUGAAGGACAUCAGUGGCGAUUACCACUACUUCAGCAUCGACUUUGAAACGGGGGUGAUUUUCACACAGAUGUCCUUUGACAGGGAGGUGAAAGGGUCCUACCUAAUAGAGGUCCAGUCUCAGGACAACUCUGAGUCUGCAAGGCCGGGCAAGCAAGGACAGCCCAAUACAGACAUGGCCUAUGUGCGGAUCUUUGUCAGUGAUGUGAACGACAAUGCACCAGCCUUCCCACAGCAGACCUACACUAUAAGUGUGGACGAGGACAAAGACAUUGGCUUUGUGGUUAUCACGGUGUCUGCUAAUGAUGGAGAUGAAGGUGCAAAUGCCAAACUGAGGUAUCAGAUUGCAUCGGGGAAUGUGAAAGGAAUGUUCGAUGUGGAGCCAGAGGUGGGGACAAUCUUUAUAGCUCAGCGGCUAAACUAUGAAGAAGACCAACGUUAUGAACUGCGGCUUGUGGCCUCCGAUGGCAAAUGGGAAAACCAAACUCUGGUUACGGUCAACGUCAUCAACCAGAAUGAUGAGGCACCGGUCUUCACUCAGAAUGAGUAUCACAGCAGCAUCCUGGAAGAGCUACAGGACUUGCCAGUGUUCGUACUGCAGGUUUCAGCGACGGACCCGGACCAAGAGGCGGAUCAGAGCGCCUUGCGAUACUCUCUGCACGGACAAGGGGCGAACAGCGAGUUUGCCAUCGACGAGCUCACGGGCAAGAUCUACACGAGGAAGAGUCUGGACCGCGAGGAGCGAUCCGUGUGGCGCUUCUUGGUCCUCGCCACCGACGAAAGCGGCGAUGGCCUCACGGGUUUCUCCGACGCCAUCGUCGAGGUGCGUGAUGUGAACGACAACAGGCCCUCCUUCCUGUGUGCGGUGGAAGGCUGCUUCGUGGGACACGUUCCGGAGAAUUCCCCGGCGGACACUUCCGUCAUGGAGAUGGCGGCAACGGAUCGGGAUGACCCCAAGGCCGGGCGGAACGCGGUCCUGACGUACAGAAUAAUCCAGAACGUUCGCAACAGAAUCAAUCUCAACUUGUUUUCCAUCAACGCAUUGACCGGCACGGUCUACACCGUGUUGGGCUCUCUGGACAGAGAGAAAGAAGAUACGUACCUGGUGGUGGUGGAAGCUCAAGAUGGAGGCGGGUUGGCGGGAACGGGGACGGCCACCAUUUUGGUCACCGACGUGAACGACCACGCCCCGGUUUUCACCCGAGACGUCUUCGCGGCAAAGAUCUCGGAAAACACCCGGAUGAACACCGACGUCCUUGUUCUCUCGGCGACCGACCAGGACGAGGGGGACAAUGCCCUGGUGACCUUCAGCAUCGUGGGCGGUGACAACGAUCACAAAUUUCUCAUCGAAACCGACCAACUCGGGAAGCGAGGCGUCAUCAAACUGAGGAAAAGGCUCAACUACGAGAAAUCUAACGAGAGGAGGUUCAACCUAACUGUCAGAGUGGAAGAUCUGGACUUUUUCAGCACGGCCACUUGCAUCGUUGACGUGGAGGACUACAAUGACCACCCGCCGGUCUUCCGCCCGCAGUUUUACCAAGCUGAUCCGCUGCUGGAAGAUGUCUUCAUUGGCACUAGAGUUGUUCAGGUCUCGGCAUCGGACGAGGACUCUGCCCAGAAUGGCCAGUUCUCGUACAGCUUCGCCAACGGUUCGGACGCGCUGGGGCAGUUUGCCGUGGACGGGGACGGUUGGGUUACGGUGGCCGGUAGCCUGGACCGGGAGUCGACGGCGCAGUACCAACUGGUGGUGCUGGCCGUCGACGGGGGAAGCCCCGCUCUCACCGGGAGCGCCACCAUCCGUUUGACGGUGCAAGACGUCAACGACAACGGGCCAGAGUUUGAGGCGCCGUACGCGCCGAUCGUUUGGGAGAACGCGCCCCCACCCCAGGCCGUGCGGCUGAACGAGACCUCGGCCCUGAUGUACGCCAGAGACAAGGACAGCCCGGCGAACGGCGCUCCCUUCUCCUUCACGCUGUUGACCCACCGCGGCAACUCCAGCGGCUUUGCCUUGACGGAUCACGGCAACGGUACCGCGGGUCUGACGGCGCUCCGUCUGUUCGACAGGGAAGACCAAAAGGUCUUCUACCUGCCGGUGAAGAUCAGCGACAGCGGUUCCCCGCAGAUGAGUUCCACAAGCACCUUAACCAUCACCAUUGGAGACGUCAAUGAUCAUCCCCACUCAGCUGGCUGCAUGGAAUUUCUGGUCUACAGUUACAAUGGUCGACUUGCUACCACCGAGUUAGGCAGGGUGCGAGCUCCGGAUCUGGAUGACUGGGGUGAUAAAAAGUACAUGUUUAUCGGAUCGCUUCCAAGAUAUUUUGCCCUCAAUGAAGAUUCUGGUUUCCUCAGUAUUAUUGAAGGCACGCCCGCUGGAGUUUAUGGCUUUGAGGUCAAAGUUGCAGACGGCACUUGGCCCGAUGUCAUUUCAUCGGUGAAGGUGGCUGUCACAGAUCUGGAGGAAGAUGCCGUAUACAAUGCCGGUUCCCUCAGACUGAAUGGAAUCACAGCUGAAGAGUUUAUCUCCAAGCCUAUCCAAGCCGAAGAAAGUAAAUACUCCAACUUAAGAAGGAUGUUAGCAGAAAUCAUUCCGGCACAGCUGGAUAAUAUUGAUAUUUUCAGUGUUGUGAAUGCCGGGGGUCGUGUUGGAGAACUAGAUGUCUGGUUUGCGGCUCGAGGGCCUCCAUUCUUCAAGGCGGAGAAGUUGAACGGAAAUGUGGCAGCUUUCAGACCCAAGUUGGAACUCGCCUUAAACGUGAGCAUCUCGCAGGUGGGCGUGGACGAGUGUGGGAACGCUGCCUGCGAGCGGGCGACGGGAUGUACCAGCAGCACCGGCUUCAGCCCAGCUCCCACCGUGCUGGAGGCCGGAGAGGUUGCCCUGGUCUCCAUAACAACCUCCACCACUGCCCAGUGCCUCUGCUCAGCCCGCGAAGGCCGGCGAUACUCCUGCUCUUCCUAUUCCAUUAACCCAUGCCUCAAUGGAGGCACUUGUGUGGAUGUUGAUUGGGGUCACAGGUGUCAGUGCAAUCCGAUGUUUGACGGGCCGGAAUGCCAGCAGACAAGAUACACAUUUAAAGGACAUGGUUACGCCUGGUUUCCUCCCAUCAAGGUUUGCUUUAAGAGUGUGAUUUCCCUGGAAUUCCUCACUGAAACCGCCGAUGGGCUUCUACUUUACAAUGGCCCUCUCUCACACCUCCGUUCUGGAGAACCUGAAGACUUCAUUGCGUUAGAGUUGAGGAAUGGAGUUCCCUCUCUCAGCAUUAAUCACGGGACAGGAUCGCUACAUCUCCAGCUGCCGCCCGGUGUCUAUGUUGCCGACCGGCAUUGGCACAGGUUGGACAUAACGAGCGAUGGAAAGAGAGUGAGUAUGAUCCUUGACCAUUGCAACAAUGCUGUUGUGAAUGAGAAGGAAGGCACAGGCAAAGGCCCCUCAGAAAUGGACCGCAACAUGUGUGAAAUUUCUGGGGAAACUCCCGGGGAAGCAAGGUUUUUAAAUGUCCAGCAACCUCUUCAGCUGGGCGGAAUUAAGAAGUUCCAACCACAUCUUCAUGACCAGCUGGACUUCACAGGGUUCGCAGGCUGCGUAAGGAACCUAAACAUCGAUAGCAAGGUGUACGACCUGGCGAAUCCCGCAGAGUUCGUGGACAGUGGUCCCGGCUGCGCGGCAACUGACGAAGUCUGUCACAGUGCCGGCACGUAUUCCUGUGGUGUCCACGGAAAAUGUUUAGGAGAAUGGGGAUCGUUCAGCUGUGACUGCAGACCCGGCUACACUGGAUACAAGUGUGAGAAAGCUCUGCCUGAAUGGUCAUUUGGGAAGGACAGCGUGAUUCAGUACCAGCAGAAAGGGGCUCUGAGUGCCCGCAGGACACAGGUGCAGCUGAUGUUCCGUACCCACAGUGCCAACGCUUCCCUCUUCACCCUCACGUCCAAGGACACCAGCGAAUACAUCAUACUGGAGAUUGCCAGUGGGUAUUUUGGCAUCCGAGUUAACCUCGGUGAUGAGGAGCAUUCACUGAAGGUGCAGACAUUACGUGUGGAUAGUGGACAGUGGACCCUGGCCAACAUGGAGCGCUACGACAAUGAAUUCACGCUGCGUCUCAACAGUGGGGGAGGAGGCCUGGAGGUGACGUCUCCACUGGGAACCCACCGGGAAAUCCUGACGGACGCUCCCAGCCUGGUUUUGGGAAAGAGCCUUCACGAGGUUUCGCCUGGUGACUUUCAAGGCUGCAUGAGUGACGUUCGAUUAAAUGGUCAUCUAUUACCAAUGGAUGGAAGGAAUACAAUGUUAACUGCAACUCUUGAUCGAAGGGGUGUAACAAAUGGCUGCCUUUCAAAUGUCUGCAGCAGCAGACCCUGUUCUACCCCCUUUUAUUGUGUAGAUUUGUGGAGAAAAUAUGAGUGCAGGUGUCCAGCGGGGCAGGUGUCAGUGCGGAGUAAUGAUACUGGUCUGGAGGGCUGUACAAUGUCACCUUGUGGGCCAUGGACAUGUCACAACGGAGGCACAUGCGUCACCCAAACAGCCCAGCAGUUUGUCUGCCGCUGUGCAGAAGGAUACAGAGGGCAGCGUUGUGAGACCAGCAUGGUGACAUUGGGAAUCCCAGCAGGGCUGAACAUCACCUCCAUCUUGUCCAUCAGCAUCUGCCUCAUCCUCUUAAUAGUUCUGGCGAUCGGCGUCAGCGUCUGGGGUGCGUGUGGAAAAGCCAAGUUCCAGAAAGGAGGAGUUUACCACAUUCCUGUCGAGCGAGAGAGCUGGGAGGAUGUACGGGAAAACAUCCUCAACUACGACGAGGAAGGAGGCGGAGAGCAGGACCAGAACGGCUACGACAUCAGUGAACUGAAGAAACCUUUGCGUGCGAGUCUGAGUCAGUCCUCGUCCACAACAAGUGCCGCUCAGGUGAGAGGCUCCACUGAUUCUCCGGAAGAGACGCUGCUCAACAAGAGGACUCACCCAAACGUGAUUUUUUCGGAACCCCUGCAAUCUGGCGGCCCGGACUUCAAGAACUACGUGUCGCAGAUUAUCUGGGACGCAGACCACGACCUGAGGGCCCUUCCGGAGGACACGGUCCACAUUUACUGCUUCGAGGGGCGGGGGUCGCCCGCGGGGAGCCUGAGCACGGUGGGCACGUUGAACGCAGACGAGGACUUGAGCCCCGACUAUCUCGGCAACUGGGGCGUCAAGUUCGACAGACUGAAGGAUUUCUGUGCCCAGAAACAGAACGAUGGCCUGCAGAAAUAGAAAGGGCCCGCAAAAUCGUGUUGAAAAUCCAAAAUGAGAAAUUAUUGGCAAGAUCAUUUAGCGAUCAUCUCGCUCACUUUCCAGAUGUUUGUUUAAAUAAUCAAAGACGUUGAGAAUCAAAACAAACCCGGAAAUUAAUUUUGAUAACUCAUUACUCAUGCCUACCAACUUCCACCCUGUUCUCACUUUGACGGGGUAAAGAUCAAUCAAAAUAUGUAAAUGACAAUGUGAUCCAGUUUGAUAAAAAUGCUGGAGAAACUCAGCGGGUGAGGCAGCAUCUGUGGAGCGAAGGAAAUAGGUGACGUUUCGGGUCAAGACCCUUGUGAUCAAAGAUAAAUGCAGUUUCCCUUUUUAAUUAAAAAAAAAGAAGCACCUUAUUUAUUAUAAACAAAGAUCAUAAUGGACUAUCAAAGAAGGCUAAGAUAGACCAAGAUAAACUGCUAAAUCCAAUGGACUGACGUGGAUUAAAUUGCAAGAGGCAUAACGGAGGUCGGGGUCUUAUUCCUCAAAUGGCGGAAGUGACGUACCGUUGCGUACUACACGUCAGUCCAUUGGAUUUCGUAGGAGUGGUCUAUCUUGCUCCUCUAGUAUCUUUGCUUCUGAUAGACUCGAAACGUCGCCUAUUCCUUCGCUCCAUAGAUGCUGCCUCGUCCACUGAGUUUCUCCAGCAUUUUUAUCUACCUUCGAUUUUUCCAGCAUCUGCAGUUCCUUCUUAAACAUGUGAUCCAGUUUAGUAAUCUACCAAAAUAACCAUGAGAAUGUGCCGAAGAGCAGGGGGCAAACUGCAAAUUAUGCCUCUUUUGAGGUAAAUCAUUGAGGAAACAACAGUAUUCACUGCAGAAGCAAAGAUGUUGGUUUAUACCAAGGAUAGACGCAAAGUGCUGGAGUAACUCAGCAGGUCAAGCAGCAUCUCUUGAGAAAAAGGAAUAGGUGAUGUUCUGGGUCGGGAUCCGAAGAAGAGUCUGAAGAAGGGUCCCGACCUGAAACGUCACCUAUUCCUUUUCCUCCAGAGAUGUUCCCUGACCCACUGAAUUACUCCAGCACUUUGUGCCUGUCCUUAUGUCUGCACUGUAUUCAAAUGCUCUGAGCCAGUCGUGCAGAUCUGAGAGACUAGUUGUGCAGACUUAAUUUCUGCAUUCACUUCGGCUUUACAAUGGGGCAUUCACAGUUUUGCUGGUCUGCUGGCUUCCAGACAGUAAUAAUGAAGCAAGGAAGGUAUAAAGUGACCAUAGAGUUAAUUUUGGUUGCGAUAGGGUUGGAUAGCAGCCAGUGAUCGUUUACACAGUGUCAUACUGUACAAGCUGUGAAGAAUGAUCUCAAGACAACUGAUCUUCCAAUUAAUUUUUAAGAAAGAACUGCAGAUGCUGGAAAGAUCGAAGGUAGACAAAAAUGCUGGAGGAACUCAGUGGGUGAGGCAG